AUGAAGCUGGAGACCAUACAAAGGCUACCCACGCCGAGCAGAGAAGUGUCCUUCUGGAUGUCUUCCUUACGGCGAUGGAGUUUAUGGGUCCUUGCCCACGUGCUUAUUACGGUGGUUGAUGGAAAAAAUCUGCUGACAAGCUUCGAGAUCCGUCAUGGCUACAUCUAUCCAUCGAGUGUUACCGUGGCAGAAGGUGAAGUGAUGCACUUGCGCCUGCUCGUACCGAUGCAAGAAGGCGAUCGGUGUUUCUACCGUGAACCCGGUUCACCGACGGACAUCGACGUGCACGGUGUUUUCGAGGGUGAUGCAAGACCGCCUAGAAAGAUGCUUCGCUUUGGUGAUGCCGAGUGUAGCAUUCGUGUUAAUCCGGUACAUCAGCGAGACGGUGGUUUCUGGCGGCUCACAUUGGUACGGGGAACGGAACGGAUUCGAGGCGUCACAAUGGUAGACGUCAUUGAAAGGCCCUCCGUGCCGGAAGUGGGAAUUGGGAGUAGUGGAAGUGGUGGUCCAGCUGUGACCUCUCUGGAUGAAAUAAGUCCCGAACGGACGGAGUAUUGCUUUGUGAUUCGUCAGAGCACAGCAACCGGCGAAGGUGCCAACAGUGUGCCGAUGUACGAACGCUGCCAUCUUCCGCUGAGUGAAACCGAUCCAACCGGGGCGGGCGUUUGGAGCGUGAUUGCGGGUGUACAGGGACAAAUGCGUGAGAUGACGUAUGGAAUCCACAUCGAGAAUAAAGAGGAACAAAUCGUAACGACCGUCCACAAAGAGUUGGACUAUCAUGUGCUUUCGUGCAAUCUACGCUACACCAAGCUGAUGCUUAAGUUCUGCCGCUUCGUUCGGCUUGCGGACGGAUUGGGGUUGAAUGUUAUCCCAGGCAUUGGAACACCUCGCUACGGCUACAUUGGAGCUGGGUUCGAGCGGAACGAAUGCGGUCUAGAAAUUCUCGGUCCGGAAGGACUCGACAAGGGCACGUGGAAGUGUUUGCUGGGUUACGGUGAUGACUCACUUACAAAAGUGUCCGGCGCGAUUGUGGACAAUUCUGACAUUACUCCUUCAUUAGCUAUUAUCGGGAAAGAUGAGACCGUAUUGGCACAGAAUGAAUCCAUGACAACUUUGCUCUGCAACGCCAACAAACCCAUCGAUUACUGCUGGUUCCGAGGACCUCAUGGACAGUUCUAUUCCCUGUCGGAAAGUCUUACGGCAGAGCGUAACGAAGGCAACUACUGGUACAGUGGAAUUUCGCUAGCGAUGGGCGAAUGUAGCAUCACGUUCGCUCACAUUCUUGACACCGAUCAUGCCGGCCAGUGGCACUGUUACGUGGGAAAUGGGCAUGUGUCUGCGCUCGAAGUUUCCGCCACUUUUCAGGUGCACAUUUCCCGUUCGCAGAUGAUUGCAUCGUCCGAACGUGUUGAGGCAAGUGUCGACUUUCCUGCCCUGUUCGGAUGUGACUCGAUUCCUCGGGGGACACCGCUACAGUACUGUCGCUUCAUAACACCAACCGGACAAGCGUUCAGCCUGAACGAAAACAUUACAACCGACCGUCCAGUUCUUGGACGGUUUUACUCCAACCCGAACCACAACCUAGCGAAGGGGUCCUGUGCGCUCGUGAUCGCUUCCGUACGGAUGGAAGAUUUUGGUGAGUGGAUCUGUGCCGGUAAGAUUGAGGGACACCCGAUGGAACACAUUUAUGGCAUUAUGAUGCACAAUCGCGAUGAAACUGCUCCGCUGCCUGAUGGUGACCCGGAACCGGUUGGAGAAACACUUUCGGCUGCUUCUAUUAGUGGGAUGGUUAUCGGAGCGGUAGCAGUAGUUGGUGGUGCUGUCGGCGUUGGAUAUUGGAAGUUCCGGAAACGAAUACAUCGACAAGCGGCCGCUGUUAACGACGAAAUUCAAAUGCGUACUAUGGAGCCACAAGCCCAACUGGCUAGCACUGAUGGACAGAGAAUCAGUAUCAUAAGCACGGGGUCGAGAAGUGACACCAGCAGCACAAACAGUCAAUCUAAUAUGCAUGGAACGGCACUGUGA